UUUUGAAAUAUUUUAGAUAUUUUUAUGCGUAAAACUACGUACUUUUAAAUAAGGAAGGGUCAAACAUCUAACGCCUCGCCUUAUAAUUGCUAGAUACGAGAAAAAUCAAAGACAUCAACAAAUUGGAAUGAUGGAUGCGGCAGAACACCCGCAUGUUUUUCCAACAUGGGAGUUAUACCCGCGAGUAAACUACUUCAGAAGCCGGUAUCUAGACUUCAACCAACGAUUCGAGAGAGUAAUGAAAGCGCUUCCUGAGAGAUUUCAUAUGAAAGCACCAUCUGCUGCUUCGCGAGAGAAACUAAUUCAAACACUUCAGAACAAACUACACGUGAUGGUAUUAGGUGAAGAAGAUUUGUCACCGAGCCUGCUAACAGUUUCACCUGAGGUUCUGAGCAGAUACCUCGACCUGCCUUAUACCGCCACUGAGGAGAUCCAUGUCUGUGUUUGUUAUGUCAAAGAAAAGGACCUAUAUGAAGCGACUCUAAAGGAUAUUCCAUCAGUCUUGAAUUACCUAUCAACUACGCUUCUGAACAGAGUUUCAUUUAUAUCAGACACCUUCAUUGUUUGCAAAACAAAAUUUAGUUUGCCGGACGCAGAAACAGACUCGUUUCGUAAAGAUAUUCUUGAUUUAGUACCAAAAGCAAUCGAUACGUGCUUGCUGCCAGAUCAAAUUCUCAUUGGAGAAAAUGUUAGUGGGCUUUCGUCAUCGAUUUCAAAAUCACUAGAAAAACAAAUUAUGGAUGGAUUUCUUGAAGUGUUUUCAUUUCUUCAAACAUUUUUAAGAACAGACAAGAAGAUUGAUCUAGAAAACUCAGAUAUUCUAAAAUCAGAGACUGUAACAUGUGCUAUUCUUGAUCUCCUACGCAAUGGUCAUCACUUGAAUGACUCAAAAGCAGUUGCUGAGAAUGAUGACAAUGAUGCGAAUUUAGAACAGGCUAUUAAAGCUCUGAGUAAUCGAAUAAUGUGUGCCGCAGUAUCACCUAUGGCAUCAAAGCAAAACAUUCCAGAUUGGAUAUGUCAUGGACUGCUUGAAGAAAUAUCUUUCGAAAAAGAUCUACAGAAAUCAAUCACAAGUAUUACGCGUCAUCAUUUGAUGAAGCCAUGUGAUAAUGCGCUAGAGCUGGCCAAACUGAAAACUGAAGGCAAAUAUGUUGAGGAAACCGGAACUAGCAAAUGCAUCAAUUAUGAUUUCAUUUUGCAUCUUCUUCGUAAAGACUUAGCUGAACCUGUGAUGUCAGCAGAAAAGAAACUGGCUGCAAUGAACCAAUUAACGAUAGUAAUGAAGAAAAUGAUUUUUGAGCUUAAAGGCUACCUCAAGCAAACGAUAGUAGACAUUGAGAUCAUAGAAAUAGGACCACGGGAUCUUACAUCAAAUGACAUUCCUGAUAUCCUUAGAACAGAGAUAAUGGGAACUGAAGGAGUAUACGGUAUGGGUAUCCUAUACGGGCAACUGGAGAUACAUCUUAAAACUGAUCUUCUAGCCAAUGUUAUUCCAAACGUAAAAAGUAGUAUCUCAGAAAUAUUGAAGCGUCACCGAUUUCUGUAUGCGUACACCAUCAAAACUAUCGAGGAAACCCCUAAAGCAUUUGCAAAAGACAUGGACUUUAAUGAGUCAGGACAAACAGUCGAUGAAACAUUUCAAGACUUUGACCUUAAUGAGUCAGGUCAAACAGUCGAUGAUACCACUCAAGCAGUUGCAAGAGAGUUCAACGAAUCGGGACAAAAGCUCCUUAGUCCAUUUCCAGAUGACGAGGAAAGUAUUAGAGAAGGGACUUUAGCGUGCUUUAUCAAAGACUCCGAGAACAUAAUAUAUGCAGUGACUUGUGCACAUGUUGUUCAUCCUCAUGAUAAAAAGUGGCACGAAGUGUACAUUCGAACUCAAAAUCAUUUGUUUGGUUACAGCAGUUCUGCAAUGACAUUAAACGUUAAUGAGAGUAAUAUACCAUUUGCAGACAUUGCUGCAAUAAAGGUUUCUCAAGACAAUCUAAACAUGUGCAGCUUUUAUUUCCAAGAUGAAUUUGGUAACAACAAAAUUGGCAGAAUAGCUACUGAGCAGUCUAGGGACCUUGUUGGUAGUUACGUGUUUAAAUAUGGUGCAUCAACUGGUUGUAGUCGAGGAAUUAUAGCUUCAAACAGUUAUUUCAGUUUUACCUUACCUAAUCAUGUAGUUCUUGUCGAGCCAUUGCCAAUCGUUUCAAAAGGUUUAUUUACUGCAAUGAAAAAUGAUCAAUCGCGGACUCUUACACAAGAAUCGAUUGGAUCGUCCCCGCCUCUUACCCAAGAAUACAAUUUACCCGGUUUAAUUGAAUCUUCCUCGCCUGUUACCCAAGAAGACAUGUUACCUAGUUUAAUUGAAUCUUCCGCACCAGUUACCCAAGAAGAUAUAUUACUCGGUUUAGUUGAAUUGCCUUCGCCUCCUAAACCCGAAGACGAUAUUCAGAUUUCCCAAGAUAUAAUUAAUACACUGGACAUUUCCGGAUCUGACACAAGCAAUGUCUUUGAUAUAUCAGAUUUAACAUGUGUCGGACAAGCGGCAGCAAGUUCAAUAGACGAUGUUAUGUCAUUAGAGAAAAGUUCAAGAAGUUUUGUAUUUUUACCUAGACCGGAGCAACAAAACGGUCAAGAUAUUCAUGACAGUGAGUUGGGUGAUGCAAGAAAUACAAAUGAAAUUUUAAGUCAACCUCUGUCUAGUAAACCUAGUUAUAAUUCUCAAGUAUUUGCAACACACGGCGAUAGUGGGGCAGUCGUAUGCAGGAGAAAUCUUCAGACAAACGAAAUCGAACUGGUUUCCAUGGUUACCGCCGGCGAUUUAAUACUCAAGGACCCGUCGGAAUCUGGUUCUGAAAGCAAAAAAUGUAUAUCAAUUAAUAUGAAAGAAGUUCUGGACACACUAAGGGAACACUGUGGAAAGAAUUUUGUUCUGUGUUGAUGGUUCUAGUCCUGAGUUCUUGAUUGUAAUUUCGAUGAUUAUUGUACUAAGCUGGCAAGCUUACUCAUGAUUGAUUUAUAUUUAUUACAUGAACAAUACAUGUUAAAAUAAAAAUUAACAUUUUUUCCAGCAUGAUUUUUACAUAUGAUUAAGCUAGAUUUCUUAAAUUGUACGGACAAAACUGGAAUAUCAUAUAACUUGAAUCAUUUCAAUUUAGCUUAUUUAUUUAGGAAAGCAUGUGCUCUUGGAAAUAAAUUACAAUGGUACCUUUCUUUUUUUUUAUUUGAGUAAUUUAUUAGACUUGAAAAGCCAAUCUUGUUUACCAAUUCUGUUUUAUUUCACACUGAGUACCAUAUACUGUCAAUUAUUUCUAAUAUCAUUUUUAUUUUAGCUCGUCUGUUUAAAAGAAAAAAAGUCCAGCUAUCAGAAUCGCUCCAUCGUAGUUGUCGUUGUCCUCCAAAACCUUAAAUGUAGCCCAUUAUUCAAACAUGUUAAAAGUUAUCAACAUAAAAAUUGGAACUCUUGCUGGUCAUGACAUUUGUGAUUGUCAGACAAGGAGAAUAAUUCUAAAAUUCAUAUGGACUCAUGGCCCAUUUUAACAUGUCAAAUUUGGUAAUUGAAAGUCAUUGCCCUUUGCAGACGAGCGUGUACACAGGAUAUGGUGCUCUUGUUAGAAUUAUUUUCGUGUGUCACUUUUUUAUUAAAGUUUUCUUUUUUAUAUUAUUUAAGACUUAUUACGUUCAUGCACAAUUAUGGUUAAAUACAUAUUGAUGUAUAUGGUAACAGUUAUAUUUUUUAACUUCUUUAAGCAAAAACCCGAUACCCUUCGUAUCAGGAAUAUUUAAAUAUGAAAUUAUCCAGGAUUUAAUUAUUGGGACAAUUUCACAAACUUUACAACACUAUUUUCUUUCAACAAAUAAUAACAUAAUUAUAUAAAUGUCAUAAAAAUACAUACGUGUCUUGAGUUGGUUAAGGAAUAUCUCAACAACUUAUGGUUAUCUUUUGACAAAAUUAGAACUGUUCAACAGUUUUGUCAAAAGGAAGAGAUCUUUAUUCGGCAUAAAAAAAUUGAUUCGGUAUGAAGAAAAUACUGGGUUAUCUGAAGUAUGGUAUGUAGUAUGGACAAAUAUAGCAUUAUUGUAAUGAUGAAAAUUGUUAUGAACUUGAAAAUAUCUGUAAAUCACUGAAUGACAUACGUUGUAUAUGAAAAAGGGUAAAAUAUUGUAUAUGAAAUUCAAAUAAAAAAAGUCGUAUCUUUA